GGUGCAGCAGCAGAAGAAGCAGCAGCAGUGUGGAGGAGACAUUGACAUGUAAUGGGUGGGAACUCUCCUCUGUAAUUCUCCUUCGUGCAAGUCUGUAGAAGAAGGAGAGAGGCUUCAGUGCUUAUAGCCUUCAUCCCUCUCCCCUCCCCCUAUACAACAGUAUCUCCACUGUUACUGGCAUUCAUCCUGCAAAUGACUGCUUGAAUGCAGUGCUGGGCUGCUGGCUCCAUCCACCGAGUGCAGCCUACUGGAGGGGGAUACAGGAGCGAGCAUCAGCCUGGAAGACCAGGAAAACCAUGGGCGAUUGACAGGGCAUCGCCAAUGACCAUAAGGGCCAUAAAGGAUGCUGGAUUGUACAGGGAUAAUGGUCUUUCCGGAGAUCACUGCAAACCUGAUUGGAUUUAAUAUUGAUACCCAGCUGUUGCAAAUGUCUUAGCUGGAAGGAGUGAUUGGCUGGAUUGUUAAAGAAUUCUGGAUUCCCAAUCACAGAAGCAUGGCCCCUUAUAUUCCGGGCAUCUAUGCCAGAACCAGCUCCCAGGUGCCCACUGAUGUCAGAGAAUUCUUUCAAAUGGGAAUCACAUAUGAGGUCUUGAUCAUGAAACAACCGGAAUACAACAAGAGAAUCGAAAUGCUUGAAGAUAUGAGCCUUAGGAUUCCAUCAAGAUCUGCACUAAUAACAACCAAGAAAGAACUCUGAUCCAUCCACGAUUUGCUGUUCCCUAAAUCCCACGUUUCCUCUAUGAAUUUAAUUCCCAACCAUUUUCAACCUUAAAAGCAAUGUUUUUUGUGACAAGCACAGGAGAUAUAUAGCAUCCGCACCUCAUCAGAUGACUCAUUGCAAACCCUGGAUACCAGCUCAGGAAACAAAGCUAAAUAAACCUUCAUAUUGAUGCGGAUUUGUUACUAUAUAGUCUUCUUCUUUUUAUACUCUGAUCUCACGUAGAACGGUUAACCGAAAACCUCAUGAGAAGAAGGAAGCAUUCGGGAUUGCAACACGAAGAAUCGGUAAAUGGAGGUCAAACGGUUGAAACAACCGGAGGCGUACUGAAAAAGUGAAUCUGACAUUGAUCACUUUCUGGAUGACGCGUUACUAAUGUGGGAGAGCUGUACUUUCUUCAUGAAAACCGACGACAUCGGGGCAAAAAAUGGUUCUUCCACCUCCAGACAAGCGUCAUGUGUGUCUUACAACAAUUGUUAUCAUGACCAGCAUGGCCUUCAUGGAUGCCUAUCUUGUGGAGCAAAACCAAGGACCAAGAAAGAUCGGAGUGUGCAUCAUCGUGCUGGUCGGCGACAUCUGCUUCUUGAUCGUUCUGCGCUAUGUGGCCGUCUGGGUCGGAGCUGAAGUCAAGACGGCCAAGCGCGGAUAUGCAAUGAUUUUAUGGUUUCUCUACAUAUUUGUUUUGGAAAUUAAAUUAUAUUUUAUAUUUCAAAAUUAUAAAGCUGAUAAGAAAAAUGUAGAUACUGUGGCUAGGAAGGCAUUGACGUUGCUCUUGUCCAUCUCGGUCCCAGGGCUCUACUUGGUUCUGGUGUCACUAGACAGCAUGGAGUAUGUAAGGACAUUCAGGAAAAAGGAAGAUUUGCGGGGCCGUCUCUUUUGGGUUGCUCUUGACCUGCUUGACAUUUUGGAUAUUCAAGCUAAUUUGUGGGAGCCGCAUAAAACGGGACUUCCCAUUUGGGCUGAAGGACUCAUGUUUUUUUACUGCUACAUCUUACUUUUGAUUUUACCUUGUGUCUCCUUGAGUGAAAUAAGCAUGCAAGGGGAGCACAUUGCUCCUCAGAAGAUGAUGCUUUACCCCGUCCUAAGUCUCGUGACCAUCAACAUUGUUACUAUUUUUAUCAGAGUGGUCAAUAUGAUGUUAUUUCAGGACAGCCGGGUCUCCACCAUCUUCAUCGGCAAGAAUAUUAUCGCAAUAUCCACCAAGGUCUGCACUUUCUUGGAAUACAAAAAGCAAGGGAAGGAAUUUCCGCAGAAUACUAUUGCAUUAGAACUCCAGCAGAAUUCAAUUUCACAUAACCAGACACUUCACAAUACACAAGGAGUCAAUCAUGAGCAGUCUCCUUCCAGGGAAGUUAUGGAUACAUGACAGCUUUGCCAUAUGAUGGCGAUUUUUUUUAAGGUUCACAAAGGGAGUAUAUUGGAAUAAUGGUGGCCAAUAAAAGUGAUGGGCAAAUUACUACUUCACAAUGUCAUUUGUCAAGAGUCACCAUAUAAGAACAUUUCUGAAGGAGUUGCUGUAUAGGUCUGAAUUUUGUCGUGUAUAGAUAAUACACAAAUAUUGGAUAACUUCAGAUUGCACUAAAGUGUUACAUGAAUAAACACUCACAUAUAUCCAUCGUACUGUAUUAUAAUAAUUUGCCCAUCUCUGUUUAACAGAUUGUUUUAAGAAUAAAAUGAUAUCCAAGGCACAAAAAUAUUUUAAUAAAACCUAUGUCCCUUGAUCUCUUUAACUAAGGUAUGGUCCAGCUCAUACACUGAUAAUAUCUUAUACACGGAUGAGAGCCAAAUAUCAAUGGACUAGUAUUUGGCUGGGGUUUUAUCAAUAGUAAGUAAUAUAAUGUCCAAGAAAUAAUGUACAAAAUUGGAAUAGUCCUCUGGCUAGUAGUUAAAAAUCCAAUCUUUAUUACUUCAUAUUAAAACAAGGUACAUCGAUGCGCUAUAUGUAUAUAAAUACAAAUGAAACACUGACAUGUUUUCAAACUCUAGUUCUUAUUCAUGGCUUGACCAGACACUGUAUAAGCUACUCUGGAAAGAAUAACAGGUAACACCUUCAAAUGACAUGUUCCCCCCCAGACAAAAGAAUAGCUGCAUUUUUAAAGGGUACCUUUCGUCAAAAAAACUUUUGAUAUAUUAUAGAUUAAUAUAUGCAGAAUAACUUAUGCUUCUAUCUAUUUAAUUUCCGACUUUGAAAAAAUGACCACUAGGGGUCUCCCUACCAGUCCUGGCCGCAAGCCUUUUUUUUUUAUAGAUUUCAGACUCAUGCUGGAGUCCCAAAUCUCAGACUGCAGCCGGGACACAGACAAGCUCAGCACUGCUCACUAGCAUCAAAUCUGCACAGAAUAAUGUACGUGUGAAUAGACCCCAUAGGACUUUUCCAACCCCAGAAAAAAGAUUAAACAUAAUCAGGGUACUAAAAAAAUAAAGAUUAAGUAUACUCACCUGCCCUGAUCCCCACUGCUGCUGCUAAUGCUUUUUGGUUCCUGUGAUGUGUCGAACCAGUAGGUAAUGCUGUGUUCACUGACUGUGUAGGCUGUUCUUGCGGGGUCAAAUGCAUACAUAGCAGUCAAUGAAAAUGGACCUCCUAUUAUGGCAUGUGAUUUUGAGGGUAGUAAAGCUUGGUGUUUAUUUCUCUUUUCACUUCAAGACCCUCUGAUCAAUAAACCCUCACUCCUUUAUUUGCUGACAACGCAGAAGAG